AUGCGAUCAGUAAAUAAAGACGAGGAAGGAUAUUUGUGUAUGCAGGCAGAGAAGGUAAUUACAUCUCUACAUGUUUCUAGUUGUCGCAGUGUGCAUAGAUCCGGAAACCUGACCAGAAGCAACAGGUUGGACCGCCGCUUAUAUAUUUUCAAAAGCAGAGUUAUUGACCUUUGGAACAAAAAGAUCGCCAAGUACGCAUGCCAGGAUGAGGCCCAGAAGAUCGACCAGGAGCUGUUUGAGGACUACUCCUUCAGCGUGGAACAGCUGAUGGAGCUGGCUGGGUACAGCUGCGCUGUCGCCAUCGCCAGGUGUUUCCCAAUAGACAACAUGUCCAAGGACAGCGGUGCAGUGCUGGUGUGUUGUGUAUAUCUACAGAGUGUCUUGUUGUAUAUAUCUACAAAGUGUGUCUUGUUGCAGUGUAUCUACAGAGUGUGUCUUGUUGUAUAUAUCUACAAAGUGUGUCUUGUUGUAUAUAUCUACAGAGUGUGUCUUGUUGUAUAUAUCUACAGAGUGUCUUGUUGUAUAUAUCUACAGAGUGUCUUGUUGCAGUGUUUCCCAAUAGACAACAUGUCCAAGGACAGCGGUGCAGUGCUGGUGUGUUGUGUAUAUCUACAGAGUGUCUUGUUGUAUAUAUCUACAGAGUGUGUCUUGUUGCAGUGUAUCUACAGAGUGUGUCUUGUUGGAGUGUAUCUACAGAGUGUGUCUUGUUGGAGUGUAUCUACAGAGUGUGUCUUGUUGCAGUGUUUCCCAAUAGACAACAUGUCCAAGGACAACGGUGCAGUGAUGGUGUGUUGUAUAUAUAUCUACAGAGUGUCUUGUUGCAAUGUUUCUACAGAGUGUGUCUUGUUGCAGUGUUUCCCAAUAGACAACAUGUCCAAGGACAACGGUGCAGUGUUGGUGUAUUGUAUAUAUAUCUACAGAGUGUGUCUUGUUGCAGUGUAUCUACAGAGUGUCUUGUUGCAGUGUUUCUACAGAGCGUGUCUUGUUGCAGUGUACCUACAGAGUGUGUCUUGUUGCAGUGUAUCUACAGAGUGUGUUUUGUUGCAGUGUUUCCCAAUAGACAACAUGUCCAAGGACAACGGUGCAGUGCUGUGUUUCCCAAUAGACAACAUGUCCAAGGACAACGGUGCAGUGCUGUGUUUCCCAAUAGACAACAUGUCCAAGGACACCUGUGCAGUGCUGUGUUUCCCAAUAGACAACAUGUCCAAGGACAACGGUGCAGUGCUGACAACAUGUCCAAGGACAACGGUGCAGUGCUGGUGGGUUGUAUAUAUCUACAGAGUGUGUCUUGUUGUAGUGUUUCCCAAUAGACAACAUGUCCAAGGACAACGGUGCAGUGCUGGUGUGUUGUAUAUAUCUACAGAGUGUGUCUUGUUGCAGUGUUUCCCAAUAGACAACAUGUCCAAGGACAACGGUGCAGUGCUGGUGUGUUGUGGGCCGGUGGGGAAUGGUGGGGACGGCCUUGUCUGUGCCAGACAUCUCAAACUAUUUGGCUUCAAGCCUUCCAUCUUCUACCCGAAGCAGCCCAACAAGCCCCUGUUUGAGAGCCUGCGCCGCCAGUGGCCCACUCUAUCUACUUUAGCUAUAACACUCAAUAUCCCCCUCUCACCAACUCCAUCCUCUGACUUGCAGGGCUUCAAGCCUUCCAUCUUCUACCCGAAGCAGCCCAACAAGCCCCUGUUUGAGAGCCUGCGCCGCCAGUGGCCCACUCUAUCUACUUUAGCUAUAACACUCAAUAUCCCCCUCUCACCAACUCCAUACACUGACUUGCAGGGCUUCAAGCCUUCCAUCUUCUACCCGAAGCAGCCCAACAAGCCCCUGUUUGAGAGCCUGCGCCGCCAGUGGCCCACUCUAUCUACUUUAGCUAUAACACUCAAUAUCCCCCUCUCACCAACUCCAUCCUCUGACUUGCAGGGCUUCAAGCCUUCCAUCUUCUACCCGAAGCAGCCCAACAAGCCCCUGUUUGAGAGCCUGCGCCGCCAGUGGCCCACUCUAUCUACUUUAGCUAUAACACUCAAUAUCCCCCUCUCACCAACUCCAUCCUCUGACUUGCAGGGCUUCAAGCCUUCCAUCUUCUACCCGAAGCAGCCCAACAAGCCCCUGUUUGAGAGCCUGCGCCGCCAGUGGCCCACUCUAUCUACUUUAGCUAUAACAGUCAAUAUCCCCCUCUCACCAACUCCAUACACUGACUUGCAGGGCUUCAAGCCUUCCAUCUUCUACCCGAAGCAGCCCAACAAGCCCCUGUUUGAGAGCCUGCGCCGCCAGUGGCCCACUCUAUCUACUUUAGCUAUAACACUCAAUAUCCCCCUCUCACCAACUCCAUACUCUGACUUGCAGGGCUUCAAGCCUUCCAUCUUCUACCCGAAGCAACCCAACAAGCCCCUGUUUGAGAGCCUGCGCCGCCAGUGGCCCACUCUAUCUACUUUAGCUAUAACACUCAAUAUCCCCCUCUCACCAACUCCAUACUCUGACUUGCAGGGCUUCAAGCCUUCCAUCUUCUACCCGAAGCAGCCCAACAAGCCCCUGUUUGAGAGCCUGCGCCGCCAGUGGCCCACUCUAUCUACUUUAGCUAUAACACUCAAUAUCCCCCUCUCACCAACUCCAUACUCUGACUUGCAGGGCUUCAAGCCUUCCAUCUUCUACCCGAAGCAACCCAACAAGCCCCUGUUUGAGAGCCUGCGCCGCCAGUGGCCCACUCUAUCUACUUUAGCUAUAACACUCAAUAUCCCCCUCUCACCAACUCCAUACUCUGACUUGCAGGGCUUCAAGCCUUCCAUCUUCUACCCGAAGCAGCCCAACAAGACCCUGUUUGAGAGCCUGCGCCGCCAGUGGCCCACUCUAUCUACUUUAGCUAUAACACUCAAUAUCCCCCUCUCACCAACUCCAUACUCUGACUUGCAGGGCUUCAAGCCUUCCAUCUUCUACCCGAAGCAGCCCAACAAGCCCCUGUUUGAGAGCCUGCGUCGCCAGUGUGAGGGGAUGGACAUGCCCUUCUUGUCCUUCUUCCCCUCCGACCCCCAGCUCAUCAAAGACUCCUAUAACCUCAUCGUAGAUGCGCUGUUCGGAUUCAGCUUCAAGGGACCUGCCCGCCCCGAGUUUGCCUCCAUCUUGGAGAAGCUGAAGAAGAUACAAGACGAUGUCCACAUCUGCAGCAUUGAUGUCCCUUCCGGAUGGGAUGUAGAAAGCGGCGACCCCGACGGCAUCCACCCAGAGCUGCUCAUCUCGCUGACGGCACCCAAACUGUGUGCCCGCCACUUCAGGGGCAAACACCACUAUCUGGGCGGCCGCUUCGUGCCGAAGACGCUGGAACAACGCUACAGUCUCAAUCUUCCUGCCUACCCAGGCACAGAGUGUGUGAUAGAACUGAAAACACAGACAACGGAACCUGCAGAAAGUUCCAAGUGAUUCUCUCCGCUGCCAUCAAUUGACCUCCUGCUGUUUGUUGAUAGCUUGAAAUGUGUAUAUCAUCUGUCCUUUCCAAACAAUGUAUAGAGAAAAGGUUUGGUGUAGAAUUGUUGUGCAUCAGUUGAAAUUAUUUUAAUGGUUGGUUUAGUUGGGUUAAUUCUGCUUUCAGCUUUAGUUAUAUCAUGCUUGUUAGUUUAGAGGUAGUCAUCAAGCCAUACUAAAAGACUUGAAGAAUUAAAGUCACAUGUGACCUGAAUGUCACAAUGGAAUUCUGUUUUUGCUCAACAGCACAACAUCUUGAUUAAACCCAUCUCUCAAAAUAACAAUUAAAUUUAGUAAACAUU